AUUUACGUUACACCAUUACUCUAUUGUAAGUCACUUUUUGUAACAAAAUAAUUACUUGAGGUAACUCCUAAUCUAAUAGGAACCCUCCCUACCUUAAGGAGUCCAGUGAAUUAAUAUACAUUAUUAACAAGGAUUUGACCAUAAAUCAUACAUCCCACGAGCCAAGAUAAAACCAAACCAGAAAUAUAAGGAGCAAUGACUUCUAAUGAGGCAAACGGGAGGACAUACCUCUCACUACUCCAAUCCUGUGACAAUUUCCCAUAUGAUAUCGUACCCUCGGACACAUACUACCUGUUGUUGCUCCCCAACGACGAUCAACCGCACGGGUAUCUACUUCCAGAGAUCGUCCAAAAGAUACCAUGGACUUCUCAAUUUCAUGUCAAUCACAAUGCGCCACGGACCGUCACAGUGCUGGACUCUUCCGGGGGUGAAGACAGAGCUGGCGCAGUGAACACUGCUUUCUCAGAACUAAUCAAUAUCUGCGUUGAGCGGAACCUCUUCCAUAUUUUAGAUGGUAAGCAUAGCGAACCGUUUGCCAUUGUGAGCGCGAAGUACCCCGUUCACAUGGAGCGCUUCGCCUCCGCGCUGUUUGGAAUUAUCAGUCGAGGCGCAUGUACCACGGCGUAUACCAAGACAGCAGACGGGACGUUGAAGCUCUGGAUCGCCCGUCGCGCGGCUCACUUAUACACGAGUCCCGGGAUGUUAGACAUAACCGUAGCAGGCGGCGUCAAAGCCGGCUCCCGUCCUAUAGACACCGUGAUCCACGAAGCCGACGAGGAGGCCUCUCUGCCCGAAGCGCUGGUGCGCUCGCGCGUGCGCUCCGUCGGCGUCCUGACGUAUAUCACCGCCACCGGGCCGGACUUCCCCGGAGAAAAGGGUCUUAUCAUCCCGGACGUCUUGUACGUGCACGAUCUGGAGCUUCCGAGCGAUGUCGUCCCCAAACCGAAUGACGACGAGGUUGAUACGUUCUACUGCAUGACUGUUGAGGAAGUGCAGAAGCAUCUGCUAAACAGGGAGUUCAAGCCUGAUUCGGCGGCCGUGCUUAUUGAUUUCUUUAUUAGACAUGGGAUUAUUACGGCGGAUAAUGAGAAGGACUUCAUCGAGUUGAGUAUGCGGUUGCAUCGUAGACUUCCUUUCAGGAUGCCUUGAUCCCAGAGUGAAAUGAGGUAUUAUGUUAUGAUCGCAGACUAGAAGGAUAGGGAGUACGGUAUAGAGUUAGAAAUAGGUCAUUAUUAUUAACGCUAGGAUAGCUACCUGAUUUAAUGAAGAUCUCUGGCUAGACGCC